AUGUAUAGAAACGGACUGAUUCUAAGAAAGGAGGUAUCUUUAUUAGUGGCGCUCGCAGUGGCCGUCGCAGCCCGACCCGAUUCCCCUUCCUACUCUCCUCCUGCUCACCCAACUCCUUCGUACUCGCCACCCAGCCCAUCCUACAAUGCGCCCGCCCACCUAUCUCCUUCCUAUAGUGUUCCCACUUACAACGAUGUUCCAGCCCAGUACAACACUCAGUAUGCCGUAAACGACGAAUACUCAGGUAAUAACUAUGGACAUCAAGAGAACCGCGAUGGCUAUAAGACUCAGGGAACAUACUAUGUACAGCUCCCCGACGGCCGUCUGCAGAAGGUCACCUACUACGUCGAUGGCGAGUCCGGCUACGUGGCAGAGGUCACCUACGAAGGAGAAGCACAGUAUCCAGCUUAUAAGCCUGCUCCGUCACCGUCUUACGCUUAAUUUACAUGCUGUAUUCUGUAAAGUAUGAAUUCCGAAAUCCAUAAUUUAUUUAUAAUAAAUGGCGUAGCUGCUG